AUGGAUCCCUUGUCUAUCGCGAGCUCGGUGGUGGGAUUGACAGCGACAUGCCUUUCAACCUGCAAGAAGCUUCAUGAUCUCGCAGGGGAAUAUCAGGACGUUCCGGCCGUCAUAGCGAUGAUAUGUUCCGAGUCAACCAUAAUUAGUAUCGGCUUAUCAGAACUUCAAAUGAAGAUUCUGCGAAGAGACGACCUGGCUCAAGCUUGGGCUUCAAAGACAGAAAUCUGGACGGCUUUUGAAACAGCUCUGACUGGAUGCAUGGUUGUGUUCAGCUGCCUUGAAGCAGAAACGCGAAGUCUUCGAUCAAAGAAUCCAGGGGUUUGGGCUAAGAUUAAAUUUAUUUGGAAUCAAGACCGUCUAAAAGAACUUUUGGGCGCUCUCAGGGCGCAGCAAUCAUCCAUAACCUUUCUUUUGAACCUCCUCGAACUCGAGACUUUGUCCAAUAUCCAAAAGGACAUCCGGAAGAAUGCACCGAAGAUAAAGGCUGCUGCUUCAGAAGCCCAGUCCCUGCGAUCCUACGAACCGAGCGUCAAGAUGGAGUCCGAGUCAAUUUUCGACAACAAUGCUGCGAAUCUCAGUUUCUUUCACGUGGAAGCUGUCUCCGGCAAUGCACCUUCUGAGCUCGAUUUUGAAUUCGAUGAUCUCAUUGUUAAUAGUCAAGCAUACAGACGCGUCUUCAUCAAAGCUCAAGCUGAGACCAAGCAACCCGAAAUCGAGGAGGUGGACUCUGACACGGGGACGGUCAGAGGGUCGGAUAAAGUUCCAGCGCUGUCUCAUAAGAAUUCCAUCUCUUUGUUGAGAGUCUCUAGAGACAAGGCAAUGGUAUUCGCUAAAGGUUUAGUGGGAUCGACGUUCGAAAUGGAAAAGGUUGAUAAUUGCUCAGACGGUGGUUACGAGCCCAGAGCUUUGCCAAUUGUCGACACAUCGACUUGCUCUGGCUGUUGUAAGAUUAUCACAAGUUAUGGAGAUUGUGGAAAGUCUCUUGAAAAUGACCAUCAUCCAUCAACUGAAGGCAAUGACGUUCCUUCAAAGCUAAUAUGCGAGGGAGACUAUGUUCGACGACGGGAUGUUAAGUGCUUCAAGUGCCACGAGACUAUUUCAGGUGACUCCAUAACAGCCCUUAACCGUUGGUACCACCCACACCACUUUACGUGUGAUCAAUGCGACAUUGUAUUCGCCCAGGAAAUUGAUUCUCAUCAACACAACGGCGGUAUUUACUGCUUGCUACACUUCUGUCGAGAAGUUAAAAAUUACUGCCAUGCCUGCAAGUUUCCAAUUGUGGCAAGAUACAACGAAAGGCGCGACCAAAACGUCAAAUGGCACGCUUCUUGCUUCGAGCUUUCAUCUUGGGGCUUGGAUGUCCCUGUAUCAGCCCAUGGCCGUCAAUAUCUUGACUCCAUUGAGGCUCUAUCCACGUUACGACUCGACAAAUUCUACCAGGAAUUACACGAUAGCCGCGCUAAUGAGAUCUACCUCUGUGGAUCGAGGUACUUAGGGGACUUCCAAAAUACAGUCACGGAGUGUUUACGUCUCUUCAGAGCAGGUCAUAGUGUUGAGAGCUACCCAUCCUUCAGAGUCAUACUUUCCAUGCUCUCAUGUCUGUUCAAAAUCAUUGGGAAAGCCACUGCGGAUCGUUCUAGCGAGGGUGAAGUGUGGGAUUUUGUGUCCAUAUUUAAGAAACACUUCAAUUUCUCUCCUGAAGGCUGGCAGGCAUCUCCCCAAGUUGCAGCAAACUCCUUGUCAGAACUUCUAAAACCACUUUUGAGGGUAUCUUUUGGUGCAUGCUUGCAGAACAACAAUACCUCGUGGGACGUUGAGGAUGAACAGCUCGACGAGGUCAUCAAGACUCUCGGGGCAUCACGCUCUAGCAAGCUGGAAUGGCGUUACAAUAAUGAACCGUCUUGUUUUUUAGUCAGAGCCUGGAAAUGCUCGGAAUGCUUUCGCCAUAUCAAUGGGCGGGUGCUUCGUGAGCACUCGUAUCCGCAUCGGCAAAUACAUCCUCAUUGCCUUUUCGCACCUUGUCAACAUCAAGCUUUGGAAAAUGGUGAAGCGAACAACACAUUGCCAUGUUCCAGUUGUAACUGGAAGGGUAGAUUUGAUACCCUUCCUUAUCAUGAUAUUGCCUUUACCGAGAUAUGGUGGAGUUGGCCCGGCCCAGUGGUAUAG